AUGCACAGAAGAAAACCUGAACUUCGCUUGAGCAGACCAACAGUGUCAACCAAAGACCAGCAUCAUAACUGGGUUCCUGCAAAAUGUCUUGAUCUCAGCAAAGUCAUUAGUCUCUUUGAAGAUCCUUUGACAGCUUCCUUGAAGGAGAGGCACCUUUUUGUCCUGAAGAAACUGUUGAGGAGGUGCCAAAAUGGCUAUCUUUUGAGAGAGCUGACAGACAUGGCCAAAAUUCUCAAUAUCUGUGCUGAGAAAACGAGGGAUCACCCAGAGUACGUUUCUGUAUUGUGUGAGGCGCUUGCGAUUUGUAGACUCCCCUUCCUAAAGGAAAAGGCAUCUGAUGAGUUGACCUAUGCAUAUAACACCAAAGAAUUCCUCUCUCACAUGGGGUGCUUGAUGAGGAUUUCAAAUGCUGAAGUAAGACACCAAAUAUGUGACUCCAUUAAAUCAGUCUACACUUCUGUGGCACCCAAACAACUGUUGGAUGGGCCCCAACCUACCAGCCCAGGCUACAAGCUCCAGCUCUUAGAAAAGAGUGGCCUGGCUCAGACUAUGGUCCUUGCCCUGGUGCUACUGAAGAACCAGCCCAACGUGAAGCUGCAGGUCCUGCAAACGCUUCAGAUCCUCUCGAGCGCCUCUGAUGUAAACUGUGAUUUAAUACUAAAUGCACAGGGAGCAGAGACAAUCUGCCUCCACAUGAAUGAGCCUGACCCCUCUGGACAAGUCCUGUUCCGCUCCUCUGAAAUCCUGUGGAACUUACUGGAAAGAGGCUGCAAGGAUGAGGUCACCUCUCAGCUAAGCAAUAUGGAGUGCAUUGUAGCUUUGAAAGAAGCGUUUAUUCACCAGUUGCUAAAUGGUUUGGGGCAUCAUGACCUCCAGCUCAGAAAUGACCUCCUAGUGAUAACAACUCUUAUCGCUGAGAACCCCAAAUGCCCACUGAUGGAGAGUUUAUUUGCAAAGCAGCUCAUCCUUUAUGUCACAUUUCCAGAGUUGAAAAGUCACAACCCUUUGGUCCGUAACCUCAAGCUCAGCUAUAACAAUGAGGAUUUUGAAAUGAAGAAGCUGCUGUUAAAUCUGGUAGUUUUCAUGUCAAAGGAUUUAUCUGCUGUGGAGCUUUUUAAAGAGGGCCAGGUGAUGCUCGCUCUGCUCACGCUGGUGAAACCCCGUAGCAGCUCCUCCAAAGGCCAGGCAGGUGCACGCCACUGGUCCUCCGCCCAGCAGAAAGAGCUCCAGCUCCAGGCCCUGGCCACUCUGCUCACCGUCGCCCCUCUAAUGCUGGAGGACUACAUGACCUGUCAGGGCAACACCUGCCUGCUGCUUCUGCUAGACUGGUGCACUGAACAAGAUGUCUACUUUGGCCAGGGUAACAGUCUCCACGACACUAGUGGGAGAGGCAGUAAGAAGGCCCAGAUGCGCUACUGUGUAAGGGUGUUAAGAUCAAUGGCAUCUCUAGGAAAUGAGACAAUAAACCAAGACCUCUGCGAUCAAGGGAUAAUCAACCAGCUUCUAGGGAUUGUGAUGCAAAUGGAAAGAAGCCCCGAGGAGGAGGACAGCAUCACCUUGGAGAUAAAGUCUGACAUUCAGUUGAUCCUUUCAGCCUUGUGCGAGAGUGACAUGCACAGAAAGGAACUGUUUGGAUCUGAGGGGGUGGAGAUGGCAGUUCACUUCCUGAGGAUGAGUCCAGAGAAGUUCUUCAGUGGUCUGGGGCACAGCAAACUCAUCCUGUCCACAGUCGACUGCGUCUGGUCCUGUAUUGUGGGAUGUUACACCACAGAAGAUUACUUUUUGGCAAAAGAAGGGGCUUAUCUACUCCUGGACUUACUCCAUUCAAGCCCCAAACGCACGCACAACAUCAUCCUGGCCACACUUCUAGAGUUAUGUGACAACCCCAAGACUCUGUCCCACAUCCUGACCUGGAGGGAUAACAAUGGCCACACGGCACCUAUGCUACUGCUUCAGCUCUGGAGGAAGGAGGAGGAAGAGCUGAGGGUCAGCAGGGAUGCACACGGAAGGAUCACAGAUCCAAGGAAACCCACACUGAGUUGUUACCAGGAAGAAGAGUCCUCCUCCCGGGUCUCUUUCCCUGCCAACAGGCCCAGCCCGGCGGUCAUAGAUGUGUUGGAGAAUCUGCGCUCCAAGAUUUACUCCAUCUUCUGCAAGCUCGGAUUCCUUGAACUUCCUGGAUUGUCACCCAAGGAUUAUGUCACUCUGAGCAUUGUCAAGAGAUAUCUGGACUUCAAGGUUGGGGAGGUGUGGGAGGAGAUCAGGAGAGAGCUGGCCCUGGACGACGUAAGGCCCGUCACCCCUGAUGAGGAGGCUUUGGACACCAUAUCCAGGAUCGCAGAGGACACAGCCAGAAGGGUCGUUGAAGAGCAAGGGAGCUUUCUGGAGCAACAGGAGAAGGCAGACAUCAGCGAGGAGAAGCUCAUGUAUACAGAGAUAAAGUCCCGUUGGAAGCAACAGGAGCUUACAGCCAAGUCAUGGGACCACUACGUGUCCAAGACAUCAGAUUACAAAGUUCUACAGGAAAUAAAAUCUCAGAGGGAGAGACUUAUGAAAUCCUCCACAACCAGAACAGAGGAAGGGGAUGCCAGGUUUCACCCAUCUGAGAAUUACUUUGGGCGUGUCCUGGCCAUAAAGAGCACGGCGACUCACCAAAAUGGAGGGUCUCUGGCCGACAUGGAGGUGACCCUGGAGAGAGUGCCCAUUCGUGGGGCCGCUCUGGAGGACGUCUCCCCUUCAGCUCAGGACCCUGAAUACUUCAGCACCGUCUUGAGACAAGUGUCUGGUGAGGUCCGGAUGCAGCCACAGAGUAGCUUCAUCGACCCGGUUGCCAUGACCAUGGCCACGGUGGGCAUGGGCGUGUCCUUCUACAGUGCCAGACAGAUGGCAGAGAGGGUUCAUCUCAAACAGGCCGCAAGCUGA